AGAAUAACAUAGGGCAAUAUGUUAAAAUACAGUUAAAACAGCCUAGUACACUAUCAUUAUGUGAAGUUGAGGUGUACGCGUCUCUGGCAGAAACCUCUGAUGUCGCAACGUCAUCGACCCUUACCGCACCAGAAUCAAGUGUACACGAGUUUUCUUAUAUCGAUUCAGAAGUGACAUUAACAAGUGUAAAUUUUGCAACGAGUAUACGCCUGGCCGUAACUGGUACAUUGACAAAUGAUAUAUCUUGGCAUACGGAGUCGGAACAUUUCAGUGGUUUAUCAACCGAAUUUUCAGCAGACCUUACCAAUUACUUACCUUAUGGAGUCACGUCAAGCGAAAGUUUUAAUGUAACGGAGAUCACGGUUCAGCAGUCGGAUACAAGUGGAUUUCAAUCGGUCCCUUUUUCAGUUACGGAAAGUGUCGAGCACCUGCUGGUUACGUCACCACCUUUGUCUGUGAAUUCUGAAAGUCAGCUAGAUUCUUUAACAGCUGAAGUUUCGGGGGGUGUCAGCGUAGACUUGUUGACUGCGUCUUUACCCUUUACUUACUAUACUAAUGAUGUCGGGCCAAGUGAAGGUUAUAAUGCAAGGGAUUCACAUACCUUUCAACCGAGUUCAUUUUCAGGUGCCAGCGAAAUCCUAUUGCUUAUGUCUGCAUUGUUUUCUGUGAAUUCGAAUAGCCAAUUAGAUUUUUCAGAGGGCCAUACAGUUGUAAUUUCAGAAAGUGUCAGUGAUCUACUGAUUGUAUCACCACCCUGUACUACUGUGAAUUCUGAAGGUCUGUCGGAUACUUUAUGGAGUCAAAGCGUUGAAAAAUCAAACGGUUUCAGCGAAGACCUGCUGCUUGUAUCUUCAUUCAUUUCUGUGAAUUCUGAAAGUCAGCUCGAUGCUUCAAUUAUUGCAAUAGACGAAAGUAGUCAGGGGAUUGUUAAGACUUCUGAUCGCAUAUGGACUUCUGCUGAUUUCUACGAACCUGGCUCUGUGAUAAGUACAACUGUUGACAGUUCAAGUCAAAUUAUCAAGAUGGUGGACGUUCCUGGAACAAUUAUCGUUUCAAACAUAACUUGUGCUACUCCUAGUUACUUACCAACUACUGCAAUGGCUGAAGAUAUGUGUUACUGCGACUGCUUUGAGAUUGAUUUAAAUCCCGUUGUCCUGCAAGAAAAAUUGGAUAAUAUCCUAUCAAAUAUAACCGUCAACAUCGAUCAAUUAUCUAGCACCAGACGUGAAAAGACCUCAGCUGUGGAUGACAGGCCAACUGCCAUAUCAGUUGGUUUCUUUGGCAUUCUCAUCAUAACCGUUGUCAUAGCUGCCAUCGUAUUUCAGGAUGUAGUUUCACUUCUCUAUUUUCUGGCGAGGGGAAUUAUCCGUAAAAUCAAAACCGGCCAAUUUACAGAGUCACGAAAGCUUCCCAAAAAGAAGAAAAGGAAAACAGAGCCAGAACCGCCUACAAAAAAGGAGACCAUAAAUCCCACAUCAUAUACCAGUUUGCCUGACGUUGAAAAUCCCGAAAUUGUUCAACCAACUGUAGAACAAAUUCCAAUGGUUUCCGAGGCAGCUGCUUUGUCUGGUCGUCCAAACAUUCCAUCCAGCUCGAAACCCAAAAUGGCGAAACCUAAGAAUAAACCAAAAGUAAAAAGAUCUUCUGACAGUUCACUUCCUAGUAAAGGAAAAACGGUCACAAAAAUAUCUGGGGUGACACGUCCAAUCAAGAAGAAGACAGGGACAAAGAAACUUGUUAAUGUUAAAGCAGUUAAAUCAAACCCCAACAAACCAAAAGAAAAGUUAAAUAUAUAGUUUAGUUUUAAACUUUUUCGUCGAGAAAUUAUCCAGAUUUAUAAAUUUGAAUUUAAGUUUAAAUCCAGUCCAUUUAAAUCCACUAAAGCCUUUCUUGUAGUUUAGUGGACCUUUUUAAUAUGCAAAUCGUUUUUUGAAAUACACUACAGAAGAAAAAGCCAUUAUGUGAAUCUGACUGGAAUGGGAAAAUACGAAACCCAUCAUUGGUGAAGUGGGGUGUUUUCUUUGUCUUUUAAAGUGCAUAAAUAACAAAUCUAGAAAUAAUAUAAUGGUAGUCGUGCUGUUGAUCCAAAUGAAAUAUUGUUCAGGUGUAUCCUUUUACCUUCACAUCCUGUAGAUUGUUUAAAUUACAUUUAAUUGGUACUGGGUUUCCUGACAACCGAUGUGUUAUAUAGAAAUCAGAAAACUGUUUGAUAAAUGGCACAAAUAGAACAUUUUAUACUUUUGAAAUUUAAUAUAUUAUGAUAUUUCAUGUUUACCUGAUACGAGGGAAUUUUAAAUCGUUCGCAAAUCUUUGUAUUGUUAUUAACGGAAGUUAUCCCAACUGUUUAAUUUGCGAGAAGAAUGGGGUGGACAAUAUUGUCAUGGCAGCGUCAAAUGCAUUUUCUUUUUACGACGGUUAUUAUACUGUCUUCGGGAAACAUGAAUGCCCGGACAAAAGUAAUUAAUUGUAUUAUAGAAGGGUCAAAUGCAAACCAACUGGGCUACUGCCAAUUAAAUUUUGUUAUAUAUCUACAUUUACCAAUGAUAUAAUUCCUUGCAACUGUGGAAUAAAGGCGGUAUAUUUCCAGACCAUUUUAGCUGUAUCUUUAUUCUUAGAAUUAAUUAAG